UGCCUCCAGAGAGCGCAGAAGGGUUAACCGGACAUUGGGGGCGCGCAGAGCAGCUUCAUAAGGGUGAUCCAUCCUCUCUGAGAGGUCCAUGGAGGAGUCAUCCUUCCCAGCCAGAGCCUAAAGAGGGGGCCACCAGGCUUCUGUCCCUGCAGCGUGCACAGUUCCUCAUCCGAAUGCCUGAGUAGAGUUUGUGUCCUUUCCCCUCCUCGCCAGCCCUGUGACAAUCCAGGGAGGAGUAUGGAGAAGUGGGUGAGCAGGUCCCAGCUGUGUCUGAUGCUGCUCCUGUCCUUCCCUCAGCUCUGCCUGGAUCUGGAGUUGACCUCUGGACAGGUGUUGUCUGGACAAUCUCUUCAGACACCUCUUGAGGAGGGCCAGAGCCCUGAGGGUGUCUGGGGACCUUGGGACCAGUGGGCCUCUUGCUCCCAGCCCUGUGGGAUAGGAGUGCAGCACAGGACCCGGACAUGUCAGCUUCCUAUAGCUCAACUCCAUCCAAGCCUGCCCCUCCACCCCCAGCCCCCAAGACACUCAGAAGCCCUCCUUUCUCCAGGUCAGAGACCCAGACCCCAGAUCCGAGAAACGAUCCCCCUCUACAGGCCACAGCCUCGGGAAAGAGGCGGCCCAUUUCGAGGUCCUGCUUCCCAAGUAGGGAGAGAGGAGACUCAUGAGAUUCAUGGGGCCAGGAGGUCCCGGGUUCGAGACCCCAUCAAGCCAGGAAUGUUUGGCUAUGGAAGAGUGCCCUUUGCAUUGCCACUGCAUCGGAACCGCAGGCACCCCCGGAGGCCGCCCAGACCUGAGCUUUCCCAGACCUUUUCUGGAGGGGAGGAGUCCCUUCCAUCCCUGACUCCAAAAGCAGAGCCAACCUCUGCAAACCACAGACCCCAAACUCAGCUCCCUCCUAUAGAACUGUCUGUCUACACGCCAUCACCGCCAGUAGAACCCCUAAGCCCUGAAACUUCUCAGACAGAAGUGUCCCCUCAAACCAGGCAGGCUCCCCAACAGCCCCACCAUGGAGCCAAGGCUGCUGGCACAGAGCCUACCUCGCCCACUCCCUCCUUAACAGAAAGUGGCUUCUUCCAUGCAACCCUUCAGCAGAGAAUCCAAAGUUCUCAGGGUUGGGCCAGUCCCCAGGUAUCAGGGAGAUACCCCGAUCCUUUCCCUUUUGUACCUCAGGGACGGAGCUGGCAGAGGCAGGGGCAUGGGAGAUCUGAGGGGAAUCUUCACAGGGGCAUACAGUCUGUCCCUCACCACUCAGAUGGCUGGCUGCCUCUGCUGAGUGCUGGCCCCCACUCCAGCUCCCUGUGGAGCCUCUUUGCUUCCAGUAGCCUUGUCCCAAGAUGUUCUGGGGAAAGUGAGCAGCUGAGAGCCUGCAGUCAAGCACCCUGCCCCCCUGAGCAGCCUGACCCCCGGGCCCUGCAGUGUGCAGCCUUUGACUCCCAGGAAUUCAUGGGCCAGCUGUACCAGUGGGAGCCCUUCACAGAAGUCCAGGGCUCCCAACGCUGUGAACUGAACUGCCGUCCCCGUGGUUUCCGCUUCUAUGUCCGUCACACCGAAAAGGUCCAGGAUGGGACCCUGUGUCAGCCUGGAACCCCAGACAUCUGUGUGGCUGGACACUGUCUGAGCCCUGGCUGUGAUGGGAUCCUUGGCUCUGGCAGGCGUCCAGAUGGCUGUGGAGUCUGUGGGGGUGAUGAUUCUACCUGUCGCCUUGUUUCGGGAAAUCUCACCAACCGAGGGGGUCCUCUGGGCUAUCAGAAGGUUCUGAGGAUUCCUGCUGGGGCCUCCCAGCUCCAGAUUGCCCAGCUUCGGCCCAGCUCCAACUACCUUGCACUUCGAGGGCCUGGGGGCCAAUCCAUCAUCAAUGGGAACUGGGCUGUGGAUCCCCCUGGGUCCUACACAGCUGGUGGGACUGUCUUCAGAUAUCACCGUCCUCCUCGGGAGGAGGGCAAAGGGGAGAGCCUAACAGCUGAGGGCCCCACCACCCAGCCUGUAGAUGUCUAUAUGAUCUUUCAGGAGGAAAACCCAGGUGUUUUUUAUCAGUAUGUCAUCUCUUCUCCUCCAGUCUCUGAGAGGCCCAGCCCACUGCCCCCUGUCUCUCAACUUCAACCUGAGAUCCUGAGGGUGGAGCUCCCAUCUGGCUCUGCGCCCCGCCCUGCCAGGACCCCAGGCACCCUCCAGCGUCAGGUGCGGAUCCCCCAGAUGCCUGCUCCACCCCACCCCAGGAUACCCCUGGGGUCUCCUGCUGGAUUCUGGAAACGAGUGGGACAUUCUGAGUGCUCCGCAUCCUGUGGCAAAGGUGUUUGGCGCCCCAUUUUCCUCUGCAUUUCUCGUGAGUCGGGAGAUGAACUGGAUGAACGCAGCUGUGCUGUGGGUGCCAGGCCUCCAGCCUCCCUAGAGACCUGCCACAGCUCCCCCUGCCCCCCAUACUGGGAGGCUGGUGAAUGGACAUCCUGCAGCCGCUCCUGUGGCCCUGGCACCCAGCACCGCCAGCUGCUCUGCCGGCAGGAGUUUGGUGGAGGUGGCUCCUCAGUGCCUCUGGAGCGUUGUGCACACCUCCCCCGGCCUAACAUCACCCAGCCUUGUCAGCUGCGCCUCUGUGGCCAUUGGGAGGUUGGCUCCCCCUGGAGCCAGUGCUCUGUGAGGUGCGGACGGGGCCACAGGAGCCGGCAAGUUCGCUGUGUCGGGAACAACGGUGACAAAGUGAGUGAGCAGGAGUGCGCUUUGGGUCCCUCAAAACCCCCCAGCAGAGAGGCCUGUGACAUGGGGCCCUGCACCACAGCCUGGUUCCACAGCGACUGGAGCUCAAAGUGCUCUGCUGAGUGUGGGACUGGGAUCCAGCGGCGGUCUGUGGUCUGCCUCGGGAGUGGGGAGGCCCUUGGGCCAGACCAAGAGGAAGGAGGAACAGGAACCAGUGAACAGAACUGUCCACAAGGAAGCCGUCCCCCCGACAUGCGUGCCUGCAGCUUAGGGCCCUGUGAGAUGACAUGGUGCUGGUACACAGGGCCCUGGGGCGAGUGCUCCUCAGAAUGUGGUUCCGGCACACAGCGUAGAGACAUCAUCUGUGUGUCCAAACUGGGGACUGAAUUCAAUGUGACCUCUCCUAGCAACUGUUCCCACCUGCUCAGGCCCCCCACCCUGCAGCCCUGUCAGGGGCAGGCCUGCCAGGACCAAUGGUUUGCUACACCCUGGAGUCCUUGUUCUCGCUCCUGCCAGGGGGGAAUGCAGACAAGGGAGGUCCAGUGCCUGAGCACCAACCAGACCCUCAGCACCCGAUGCCCUCCUCACCUGCGACCCUCCAGGAAACGACCCUGUAACAGCCAACCCUGCAGCCAGCGCCCUGACGAUCAGUGCAAGGACAGCUCUCCACACUGCCCUCUGGUGGUACAGGCCCGGCUCUGCGUCUACCCCUACUACACAGCCACCUGUUGCCGGUCUUGUGCCCAUGUCCUGGAGCGGUCUUCCCCGGAGCCCUCCUGAAAUGGUUCCGGGAGACUCUCUGUGGUUUUCUCACACCACCAUUGGUCACCCGUUUAUCAGCCCACUCUAUGUCCCUUGGGUAACCAAGGAUGUCCUUCAGAGUAACUAAAUGUGGCAAGAUGAUGGACAGUGACUGUCAAGACAUAUGAUUGGGUCUGUGUGUUGCUGUGCUGGUAUGUGUGCACAUAUGACCCAGGGCGUGCACCUGGGCCUGCGUGUGUGUGUGUGUGUGUGUGUGUGUACACGUGUGCAUACAUGUGUAUCACUUUUCAAAAGGAAGUUCACAGACUGAGUAGGAAUGGGGAGGAGACCAUACCUGUUUCCCUGAGACUUUUUUAGGCUGAGAAGAAAGUUUGCAGUUCUCUGCCAGAUCAAACUACUUAAUGUGGUCUCCCCAUCAACUCCAAUUUUGUGCCCUGGACUUCAUGUUCAGGCCUCGCAUCGUUUUGCUUCUGACCCCUUCUCCCUUUACCCUCCAUAUCCCUGACUCCCUACUUAGCUAGGGAAAGGGGUCAGCAACUGCCAACCCUGUCUUACUCUAGAAAGAGAGACUGCUUCCCAGAGCAGGGGCCACCUGGACAGAGGGUGGAAAAGAGCAAUGUUAGCAUAAGACCCCUGCCCCUAGUUCCGACAUCCUCAAAAUGGUUGCCACCCCAGAACUAAUUUAUUUUUUA